AUGAUCAAUGAUAGCGGCAUUGACAGCUGGAAGACGGGAUCCAAUUCUAAUGGAUUCGCUCGAAACGAAUUUGGCCUCGUCGAUCAUCGCGCCAAUUCCGAUGAAGAUGCAAUUGUGACACGAGUGAAAAACUCAAGUUCUGGCUCCGAAAUCCGUUACAUCAACCCUGCCAUUUAUACAGAAUCCUUCAAUGAAGAAAGACUCGAGAGCAAUUACAAGCAGGAAGGGUUCAUAACGUCUCUGAGUGAAUUUCUGUCGCAAUACUUUACAAUUAGUUUUUUUUUUGCAGAAUGUCAUAACAGAAACGCGAUCGAUGCGAAUCGCUGCAACUCCAACGCUUCGGCAAUUAAUUUACCUAUCAUCGUGACGGAUACAACAAGUGUCAAUCAUGUGGACAAACAUUCGGGACAGAGCACUUACAGAUGUUACUCGUCAUCCUUUCCGGACGCUACGUUGCCCUCCGUAUCCCUCGAACCAUCCACGGCUCGAUCCGCGGUUUCGUCCGCGGGCACCGCACGAGUCGAGCGGCGAUGCAAAAUCGAUAGUGAUCAGAAUGAGAUGAAUGCUGAUCAAAAUGAGACAAUAAAACGAGACAAGUGUGUCCUGGAUAGUCGCCAAGUCAUGCGAAUUUCCACGACAUCGCUCUCGGUUGAGUCGAGCAUCGGCGAUCAUCAGACGUCAAACGGGUCCUCCGAUCUCGGUAGGAGAAUCGCUUACGCAGAAUGGAUGCGCAAGAAGCACGAGGCCGCGCAACGUGCGAGGGAGAAAGAAGAACGCGCCGCGAGGAAGCGACAGGAAGAAGAGGAAAGGGAGGCACGGGAAAAGGAAGAGAGGGCACGGCUGGAAAAGGAAAACUUUGUAAAGUGGAUCGAGAGGAAGAGGCAACAGGAGCUCAAUAGAAAGGCGAUGCUCGAGAACGAAUUGGAAUUGCAGAGGCGUCUGAAAGAAAUUGAGGAUAAUCUCGCCGGCGCGAAAACUACAUAUCUCCGUCGGUGGUUCCACAAGAAGAAGGAAGAGCAGAAGGCUCGGCAUAAAGAGCAGGAAAUGAGGCAGAAGAAGAUGGACGAAGAGCGCGAGAGGAGAUUGGAACAGAGUACAAAAGCGUAUGAAAAGUGGCGAGAAAAUUCUAAGAACAGACCUAAGCCUGCCACGCAGGGAUUGCUUCCUCAUCAGAAAGCGAAGCCAGCAUAUGUAAAUCCAAUUCCUUGGCAAUCGAUCGUGGAGAACGACUCCGACGAAGUACAAGAGGAUACGUUUGACGAAAAAAAGAGGAAUGUAAAUCAAUUGAAAUUGAGUAACAGAAAAACGAUUAUGACGCAUCAAUAACAAAUUGCGACCAAGGAAAUCCAUUAUAACACCUAAAAUACAAUUUGAAUACGAGAAUUUGUAACAUAACAAUAAAUUAAAGAAAUCUUUCCAAGAAUUUUAUGCUGCUUACAAUUAAUUAUAAUCUUCACUUACAGCUUUAAUUGUCAAAAUAUUUUAUUACAAAGAUGCAAAAAAGCUAAAAAACAUAUGUCUUAAUUUGUAUAAUUUUUAGAAAGAGAAAUUUUGAAAUUUACGAUUAUUCUUUUUCUAGGCAAAUUCCACAAUGUAUUUGACAAAUAUAAGUCCCUUUACUCACGACAUGAUUGUUUAAUUGAUACUUCAAUCAUUAAAUUGAUCGUAAAUUAAAUUGUCAUAAUUUGUAUAAUGGUUAUAAAUUGUAUUUAUCAUAUAAAUAAGAUAUUGUUUAUGAAAAAUAAUUAUUACAUUAUUUUUAAAAAAUAUAAAUUUCUAUUUAAAA